AUGCCUUCCGCCCUCCUGGGACAUGCCCCUCCAAUGGCCAGCGCAAAGGAUGUCGUGCUGGCCAGAGCAGACAAAAAGAACCCGCCCUUGUGCCCAACCGAUGACGACGACACCGUAGCCCUGAGGAAGAAGACUCGAAGCUUUGAUUAUUUAUGGCGCUCAGGCGUUGCUGGCGGUCUUGCUGGGUGUGCCGCCAAAACCGUCGUUGCACCUCUCGAUCGAGUGAAGAUCCUGUUCCAGGCGAGCAGUCCUCAGUUCGCUAAAUACACUGGCUCAUGGUUCGGCGUCGUGACCGCCAUGCGAGAUAUCCACCAUCAAGAUGGUGUCACAGGCCUCUUCCGCGGGCACUCGGCUACUCUUCUUCGAAUCUUUCCUUACGCCGGCAUCAAGUUCCUCGCCUACGAGCAGAUUCGCUCUGUCGUUAUCCGUAACCGCGACCAGGAGACGCCUUGGCGCCGCCUCAUCAGCGGCUCCAUGGCUGGCGUCACGUCCGUCUUCUUCACAUAUCCCCUCGAGGUCAUCCGAGUCCGCCUCGCAUUUGAGACAAAACACAGUCAUUCCAGCCUCACCUCCAUCUGCCGACGUAUAUACUCUGAAAAUUUCUCCUCGAAACCAUCGCUCGCGACAGCCACGACAGCCACUACAGCCUCCGGUAUCGCGGCGACACCUUCAGCUGCCGCGGCCGCACUCACGCCUCGCUCUGGCCUCGCCAACUUCUACCGAGGCUUUACCCCUACCCUGCUGGGUAUGCUACCCUACGCCGGCAUCCGGGAGAAUUAUCCCUCCGGCAAGCCCGCGCCUCUCCGCUCAUGGGCAGAGCUUCUUGCCGGCGGUGUCGCUGGCCUCGUCUCGCAGACUGCGUCUUACCCGCUCGAGGUCAUCCGUCGGCGGAUGCAGGUCGGCGGCGCCGUCGGCGACGGCCACCCCAUGCGCAUAGGCGAGACGGCGGCCCUCAUUUUCCGGGAACGUGGUGUGCCAGGUUUCUUCAUCGGUUUGACGAUUGGCUAUGUCAAGGUGGUCCCUCUCGCGGCAGUCAGCUUCUACACGUAUGAACGUGUCAAGGGGUGGUUCGGCAUUCUCUAG